CUCGUGUUUCUGGGGCUUGUCGUCUUGUGAGCAUGCGCAGUUGAGGCGCAGCACAAGAAGGCAACAAGAGAGAGCGACCGGCGCAACGCAGAGGGACUCUUUGGCGGCCCCUUGGCUGAGCUUUUUGUGGAUUUGGGUCGACGGAGGCGUCGUUUACUAAAAUGACCAGGGGAAAUCAGCGUGAGCUGGCACGCCAAAAGGCUGCCAAGAAGGCUAAUGAGAGCGGCAAAGGGAAGAGAAGUGACGAUGGACUCUCGGCUGCCGCUCGGAAGCAGAGGGAUGCUGAAAUAAUGCAGCAAAAGCAGAAAAAGGCAGAUGGUGGCGAGAAAGAUAACCCAAAGUCCAAGUGAAGUGAAAACUUCAUCCCGUAUUCAGCAUCUUUCCUGAUAAAUAUAAAAGCCAGUAAUGUCUUUAUCUUUAUCAUUAUUAUCAUUAUUAUUUUUUUUAAAUCCCUGAGACUCUACUUUUAAUUGAGCCUACAUUCUCUCCUUAUGGCAAAUGGGAUAUUUCUUUUUUUUUUCUGGGGUGAAAUUGUUGGCCAUGAUGCCACACUGACGCCGUGUGCAUGCAGAGGAGCAUCAGUAUUUUUAGCAGCUGGGGAAGGAUGAACAAUUGUCCACACAAAGCGUUGUCGUAGCUCUUGUGUCUUUUCUUGUACAAAACAUGUCUCCUGAUGGUUACAAAUAAAGAGUAUCUUUGUAGUUCA